AGAUAUUUGACGUCAUGAACGCAAGAUUUAAAGAUGGAAGUACAAAGAACGUCGCUUUGUUAACCGCUGCGAAAGGAUUUACUAUACACAUGAACGACACUACCUCAGAUUUCCGCAGACGACACCACAUCCUCAAUGGCGACGCAGUCAAAUGAUAUGAAUGGAGAUGAACACUCGAUCACAACAUACGGAGUGUCAUGUACGGCGGGCGUAGCCCGUAACGCACGACAGCGUUCACCAAACAACGUCAUACUGCAUGAAGACGCAAAAUCGUGGCUUCUGAAAAAACACGACACUACAUUUCGCGAUAACUCCCAAGCGAAGACUACUAAACCAUUCAGUUAUCCGACGCCCCCUAAUCAAGGCUCCGGUUCCAGUUCCAUUGCGGUAUUAUCAGUAAACGCUGGCGAAGUAGAGAACACGAAUCAUGGAUCGAACAGUUUAAAACUGCCUAUUAUUCUCCCGCGACCCGUUAACAACGCUGUCCCCUCCCCGGGAGCUGAUCAAAACAGAAAGCAGCCCGUCUACACAGUUCACAGCAUUCCGGUCGUGAACAACGCCCCCUACCUUGCACAACAACUGCUGACUCAGGCGACACCGGCCGCUCCCUUAACCUACAAGCUACCGCGCUACAAAUACCACGCCAUGGAGAAGCAUGUGAUGGGUACAUCAGCGAUAAUCCUGCCCAGACCGGAUGUGCUUCUGGGAGUUGGUAACGCUACGAACGAGAUGUGCACCAAUAGCAGACCCCGAAACACACAAGCGGGAAAUAAGACACAGACGGAGGCGGUUAAUCGUUCAAAUGACAAAAGCGAUGCAUUGACUCCCCGGCGUGUAUUUCUAGUACAAAAGGGUGAUGAAAAUAAAGAGACACUAAAAGCCUCUAACAGUACUGCAAUUAAUCUCCCGUUUACCGAGACUAAUGUGCAUAAUACCGUCGGAGAGUUUCUUCAUUUUACUGUGAAAUCUGAAGGACACGAGCAAAGCGCUCAAUCGGUAUCUAUUUGUAUCGAUCGACGUGAUGGAAUGCAAACGGAUAAAGCCAUAGGAUCUCACGCCGGAAACCAUGAAGACCAUCUGAUGGAGGCCAUAAACAGAGUCGCCAGUGGGGAAGCGGAAUUUGAAUCUCCCGAGACUCUCGCGAACAAGCGGAGAAAGACUGAAAUGCAGCCUUCUUUGCAAAUACUGACUCCAACAAGAUCAGCCGGUAGUGCCAAUAUUCUUAAGGAUCAGACUGAGAACGAUUUGCUACAGGCGCAUACUGUUAAAACAGAGAGUGAUACAAAUGCGACGCGUUUGUCUAUUGAAAAAAGACCCAGCACGGUUCACGGAUUCGCAAAGACAAUGGAGUCUCUAACUCUGCGAUAUGGGAAGGCUUUUGUGUCACGUAACAUUGACGGCGUUAUGAAAUCGAGUAGUGACGCCAUAACGGCCGUAGAGACCAACAAACUCGCCUUGGUUAAAAAUCAUCAUUUGUUGGCAACGAAACCGAAUUCUUGUGAAAAUAAGUCGAAGAACGUACAAUCGCCGUUAUUACAAGAAGCAACUUCUCCUCAAGGACUAAACGAACGUGCGCCAAUUGAGAAAAACAAGUUAGAAGUAAGCAAAGAUAUUGGUCAUUCAGCGCAUUCGAUGAGUAUCGUUCACUCACUUGUUUCAAAUACAGACUCUGAAUGUAACACAGACAGUCCACAAAGUUGUCCAAUCGUCAUAAACAAUGCGGAGGCAACAAGGCCACCCCUCACCGCUUCGAUGAACCCUGUUGUGCAGCUUAACAAGUUAUCUGGAAUUGAAGCCAGCUCAACAGUGAAGGUAGCCACAAGUAUCACCGGUCCGACGAACGCGAACACCAAGAAAAUUUACUACAUUCUUAGUAACAAAGACAUUGAGACUCUCAAAGCCAAAAACAAACUGGCGAAACUCCCGAGUUCAUAUCAGAUUCCAAGCUCGGGCGAGGGGCAAAUGGCUAUAACGCCUGCGACACAGAAUUCGGGCGCCGUAACGUCUGGAAGACCUGACGUUCCUUACGGCGGCAACGUUACGGUGGCUGAGCUUUUGAAAAGAAAAAGAGAGGCUAAUCAGAAAACAGCAGAAAGCAAGUCCAACGGCACAAUUAAGUUCUUCAGUAGAACUGUAACAGAAAUUGAGCACAGAAAAGUUUUAGCAAGCCCAUUUAAGGAUACUGUCAGCGUACCAAUUCGUGCAGAUGAAACGGGGAAAUCAAGCAAAUAUGCAACUUGUGAUGCCUCUGAAGGUAUAAAAGUGUUUCGACCUCAGGAUAUUGUGAUCAACAAAGCGAACCGAGCGUCAGUGUCACCGUGUAGUUCGCCAGUAGCAGGCAACUUAAAUUCGAGCCCAGAAAUCAAGCAAGCCACGAUCGACGCUCUGAAGCGCUUGACCUUCAAGGAUCAAGAGCACACAAUUGCUCAAGCGGUGGGACGAAAUGAUCAUGUAUCUGUGAAAAUAGGACCAAAGACAUUUAUUGUAAAAACCACCGACGUUCCAAAUGCGACAGCUGCACGGCGUACGACCCUUCCGGCACCUAGACCGCGAAAGGACCUUGGCGAUAACGACAUUUGCAGAAAGAGACGUAAAAGCCAUACAUCGACGUUAUUUUCAAAGAAGAACAAAACCGAUGAUUUAGGUGAAAUAAGCCCAAGCACAUACCAACUGAAUUCGCCAUGUCUUGAGCUCGCGUACUCUCUUAAUUUGAUACCUUAUCACCCUGGUUUAAUUAAACAGGGAGUUAUGUAUUCAGUGAAUGGCGCCGUCGAUAAUUCUGGUCAGGCGGGGAGUGUACAGGAUAUGAUUCACGAUGAAAAUGACGUCAAAUUUGCAAACAUUGUUCAGAUAUUCAAGCACGAUUCAGUGCCAUCAUCAUAUCACCUUGCAAGUGUUAAACUCACGUUAAGUUCAGGGUCUUGUGGGGAGUUUCGAAGAUGGUUCGACUAUUCGGACUACCCAUGCGCCAUUCACAUGUCCGACGACGGUGUUAUAGAGCAUCUUGAAAUAGAAUCUGUAAGAUCGGGACUGUAUAUCGUCAUUGACUGCAUUGAAGGGCUGCCAAACCGAAGCCGGUGCGUCGUGAAGGCCGUGCUGUCCGUGUACCCUCCGCACUUGGCGGCUAUUCCUUCCAACACAUUGGCCAUAGUAAUCGGCGACAUCUUUGAAAGUGAAGCUGCGAGCCGGGACGCGAUGGACUCUAUCAGCAAGACUAUGAGCAUGGAAGAGGUUAUCAAGACAUUCCUUGAAUUGCAAAAAUCGCAUUUCAGUCCUGAGUUACUUGACAGGAAGUAUGGCUCAACAACAGAUCGCAGCCAAUCUCCGAAAUACCAUUCGCCGUUAUUUUAUUCGAAAAGUAUGCACGGUAUCUUUGAGCAACACAUUCUCCCGACGCCAGUGAGUUCGCGCCAUAGUAUAGCAGCUAGUGACAGUUGUAGCAGCAGCGUGACAGUGAGGGCCGGAAGUAAUCUAUCUCAUUUAAAGCCCAAUGGGGAUUUUACACGGUUCAGUGAACGCGCGAUGGCGUUGAAAAUCCGUCAAAACGAGUUGUUUGCGUCCUGUCAGAGACUCAAAAUAACGCACUUGAAGAAACGACCGAUUAAGCGUAAACGUCGUGAAAUAGAAAAGGAGGAUCAUACUGAUAACUCUGUACUCAUGGGCAUUGCCGUUAUAAACGUUUGUGAUACAGUAAGAAUGAAGAACUGUAGCAAGUCUGACGCUAACGGAGUAAUCGACGUAGUGAGUUGAUGUGAGUGGUGUCGUCCGUACGGUUUCUGAGUUCGAUUUGUUACAGUCAAAGAACGUAUGUUUAAGGUUUGUUUUAAUAAACGUGCGUAUAUUACUAUUUCCGGUGAAUGUUUAAGGCUCUUGUUAUGAUUGAAUGUGUGACAGACAAUAUUUCGCUCGUUUGCAUCAAAUGUGUUACAGACAAUACAUCGCUCGUUUUCAUUUAAUGUGCUACAGACAAUAUAUCGCUCGUUUUCAUUGAAUGUGUGACAGACAAUAUAUCGCUCGUUUUUAUUGAAUGUAUAACGCGCAAUAUGUACUACGCUCGUUUUGAUUAAAUAUUAAAUAUGUAUCUGGCAAUACAUUGUAUUUACUAUUCUCAUUUUCAGUUAAUGUUACUUUACUCACAGUAUGUACUACAGACAUGUUCGUUGAAUGUGCUUCUUACAAUAUGUACUAUGCUCGUUUUCAUGGAUUAUGUUUCUGACACAAUGCACCGCACUCGUGUCCGUUGCAUUAUUACUAUCAAUGUAUGCUUCGUUCGUUUUGAUUAAAUAUGUUACUGACAGCAUGUUCUUCACUCGUGUACGUUGACUUAGUUACUUCCAAUAUGUACUGCACUCGUGUUCGCUGUAUGUGUCAAUGACAAUGUGAAUACAGUCAGUACAUGAGCUGAUUAUUGACAAACAUUAUUAACCUCAGAUAUGUUCCGAUAUUGCACCUUUUCCGUUAAAUAUGUAUAUGCUUAGUUUUAUUUUGGUAAGUCAAUACUUAAGGUAUAAAUACAGUUACCUCAAGCGCU